AUGGAAAAAGACCAAUCCAAAGAGUCGAGAUUGACAGGGCGUCAAGCAUAUGAAGCAAUGGGUGAACCCAAGACUAUUCUUGCACCCAUGGUUGACCACUCUGAACUAGCAUGGAGAAUAUUAUCUCGGAGAUAUGGCGCUCAGUUGUGUUUUACUCCCAUGUUCCAUGCCAGGUUGUUUGUUACAGAUCCAAAAUAUCGGGCGCGGAUGUGGAGCACAAUGGAUGGUGAUUCAAAAGUAGAUAGACCAUUAGUGGUUCAGUUUUGUGCAAAUGAUCCAGAAUACUUAUUGAAAGCAGCAAAAUUGGUUGAAGACAAGUGUGAUGCGAUUGAUUUAAACUUAGGGUGCCCCCAGGGGAUUGCUAGGAAAGGAAACUAUGGAGCAUUUCUUAUGGAGAAAUGGGAUUUGAUUCAUAAGUUGAUAAGAACGUUGCACGACAAUUUAUCUAUUCCUGUAACAGCAAAAAUAAGAAUAUAUGAUGAUUGGGAAAAAUCUUUAGAUUAUGCCAAAAUGGUCUUGGAUGCCGGUGCUCAAUUUAUCACUAUUCACGGUAGGACCAGAGAAAUGAAGGGUCAAGCAACGGGAUUGGCUAAUUGGAAAAUAUUAAAAUAUCUUCGGGAUAAUUUACCAUCUGACCAGGUUUUUUUUGCUAAUGGUAAUAUCUUGUAUCCUAAUGAUUUGCAAAGAUGUGAACGUGAAACCACAUGUGAUGCUGUUAUGUCGGCUGAAGGAAACUUAUAUAAUCCGGGUGUAUUCUGGACUGAGUCCGAAGACAAAGAUAAGCAAUUUGCUCGUGUUGAUGUAAUGCUUCGAGAGUAUUUUGAAAUUGUAAAGCAAUGCGAAGGACAUGCUUCUCGACUGGCAAUGAAGCCUCAUUUUUUUAAGUUGCUACAUGCAUUUUUGAACGUUCACAAGGAACUAAGACCUGAAAUUGGAAAAACCAGCGUUCAUGCUUCUUUUGAUGAGUGGGAAGCAAUUGUGAAAAGAGUAGAGUCGCUUGUGGCCCAGAUUUAUGAACAGCCAGAUAUAGAAGAAUUGGAUGUAAUUGUGGAUGGUCCAAUUGAAAGCUGGGGAGGAUCUUACAAAAAGGUUCCUUAUUGGAGAUGUCAGCCAUAUUUUAGAACUGUUGAUGGUGAGAAGCAAAAUACUAGGCUACUCAAAGUGGCUGGAGAAAAAGAAUUAGUCAAAUCAUCAUCCACUAGCUUAGAAAAUGGCAAGCGAACAAUUGAUGAGGAAUCAGCUGAUCAAGGGAAUGUAAAAAGAAGAGCAGUAAUAGAAGAAAAUAGAGAAGAACAGUAA